AUGGAUAGGGAGGUGCCUCUGAUCUUAAGUUUUCAAAAGCUGUACUUCAGUUUCGACAGUGUUGCUAAGGCUUGUAAGGCUGUCCAGUUCAUCCUGGAGGACCUGGAGCUGCUUUGUGACCGAGGAUCCAUUUCUAACGAGACCAACGUUUCUUUUGGUGAAGAUAUCAAAUUGAUAGGACGCUACCUCAGAUCAGUGCAAGAAGCUUCCACUGAUGGCCAUGCACCAUUUUUGUUUCCACCGCCAGAGGAUCGUGAUUUAGCCAUGGAUAUUGUUCCAGCUAUUGAUAAGGUCUUGCUUAAAGUUGAUGGUAUGAUCAGAGAUGCGUCUUUUCAUCUUUGCAUUCCUUUGUUCUUACCGGUGCAUAUUGUUCGUAAUCUAGUAGAAAGAAUAAGAUCUGUUGAAGUACACGGCCACAGGGAUGAUACCUUUCUUGGAUUGACGAACUCACAAGAGGAGGAAAACUUGUCCGGAAUAGAUGGAAAUUCCAUUAUAGACAGUGAGAUCGUGAUUGGAUUUGAGGAUGAGGCAAGAGAACUGCAAGACAAGCUGACCCGCGGGCCACAGCGACGUCAAGUUAUUUCCAUUGUUGGGAUGCCAGGAAUCGGUAAGACAACUUUGGCUAGAAGAUUGUAUAAUGAUUUGUCAGUUGUAUACCACUUUCAUACUCGUGCAUGGGUUAGUGCGUCUCAAGUAUUUCAAAUGAGAAACUUACUGUGUAGAAUUUUACGCUGUAUUCUGAGUCGUAAAGAUCCAAUUUUCCGUAUGAGUGAUGAAGAUAUGGGACAGAAGUUGUAUAAAUGCUUAAAGGGGCAUAGAUAUCUGAUUGUGAUUGAUGAUGUGUGGGACAUUAAGGUCUGGAAUGAAUUGAAGAUAUAUUUUCCAGAGGAUAAAAAUUUUAGUAGGAUCUUAAUGACCAGUAGAAUUAAGAAGGCUGUGAGAGUAAAAGAAAAUAGUUUCAUCCACUGUCUACGUGCACGGAAUGAAAAAGAAAGUUGGGAUCUAUUUAACUGUAAACUAUUUGGUGACAGCAGCUGCCCCGAGGAAUUGGUGGAAAUAGCGAAUCGAAUAGUUGCAAAAUGUAAUGGUCUACCUCUUGCAAUUGUUGUUAUAGCAGGAAUUCUUGUCAGGGAGAAGAACAAUGAAAAAUAUUGGAGGAAGGUUCAUGAAAAUAUGGGGUCCAUCAUCAGUAGUAGCUCGAAGGAAUUCAUGGAUACAUUAGAAUUGAGUUACAAGCACCUGCCAUCUGAGCUGAAAUCCUGCUUUCUGUAUCUAGGAUCACUUCCUGAAAUUUCUGAUAUCCUUGUGACGAGGCUAUUCCAAUCAUGGAUUGCAGAGGGCUUUAUUCAGGAAACUGAAGGAAAGAGACUAGAGGAUGUAGCAGAGGAUUACCUAAUGGAUCUUGUUAAUAGAAGUCUUGUUACAGUAGCAAAGAAAAGGUCUGAUGGUGGAAUAAAAUCAUGUAAUAUGCAUGACGUGUUGAGGGAAUUGUGCCUUAAAAAAACUAACGAAAAGAAAUUUGUGCUGCCAAAAUGUGAGUGUGGACUGAAUGCUGCUCCCUUUAGUGACUAUGAACGCUUUCUUAUGUAUCAGGGACAUUUUCCUCAUUUUUCACAUUGUCAAUACUUCCAUACAUACAAAUCUCAUUAUGUCUCAGAAGAUGCAGUGUUCAAUCGGGAUACUUUGGCAGUAUACAGAUAUCUCAACACCUUGGAUUUAAGGCACAUUAUACUCGACCACUUCCCUGACCGAAUAUUGAAUGACCUGCUUCACUUGAGGGACUUGGCACUUCAUCUUAGGAGGCUCGAGGCCCUACCUUCAACACUGUUCAAACUUUGGAACCUAGAAACCUGCAUUCUUGAUGGAGAAAGAGGGGGGAAAGUUAUCUUACCCUGCGCUAUUUUUAAGAUGGAAAAGCUGAGGCAUCUAAAAGUUUCAGGGGAACUACAUUUGAAAGACCCAAGGAAGUGUUCCACUGGGGGACGGUCGGCUAUACGUCUACAAUGCUUUCAAACAAAACUGUCCCAGCAACAUGAGAUCACUGGUAUGGGGAUAAUGGAAGAUCGUGAUCGUCCUUCAAGUUCUAGGAAUAGUCUGAUGGAAAUUGCUGCCAGUUUGCCUUGGAGACAAGAUGGUAUCCUUGAAAAUUUGCAAUCGCUUUCGCAACUAUGUCCUGCAGGUUUUAUCAACAGAGUUUUGGAAAGGACUCCAAAUCUUAGAAAGUUGGGACUUCAUAUGACUUUCUCAAAGGGCAAUGAUAAUUUUUCAUUUCCUGAUCUUUCACAAUUAAAUCAUCUUGAAGCACUGAAAUUCAAAUAUCAAACCCUUGGUAUGGUUGCUUGGAGCUUUCCUCAUCCACAUAUGUUCCCACCAAGUCUUAAAAAGCUUACUCUGAUCGGUAGCCAUGUAAACUGGAAUGAACUGUCAAUCUUGGAAUUGCUACCAAGCCUUGAGGUUCUCAAAAUCAAAGAUAAUUUCUUCAAUGGACCUCAAUGGGAAACAAGUGAUCACGGGUUUCCUUGCCUGAAGUUCUUGAAACUGUCACAUACGGAUCUUCGGGAAUGGAUUUCCUCAAGUAGUCACUUCCCUAAUCUUCAGAAAUUAGUCUUAAAUGGCUGCUUAGAGUUGAAGGAAAUCCCAUAUGAGAUAGGAGAAAUUCCUACAUUGCAGACUAUUCAGGUGUAUCGAUCAUCAGAGUCUACCAUGGAGUCAGCCAGGCAAAUUCAUGAAUCAAAUAUUGACAUUGGUAAUUAUGAUUUGAAGGUCUUUAUCUUCCACCAUUUUGAGGACUGCUAGUCUAGCCCUCCAGUUGUUAAUGUGGACAGGAGACACUCAAGCGGCCAUGUAGGUAUCUUCUGACACUCAAGGCAGCCAGUUUUGGCAAAGUUGCUCGCUUGAUACGUAUCGCAGUCAUUACCUCAUGAUUACUUAGCAAUUUGUAAUUCUGAAAACUGCUUCUGAUUUCUGUUUCUUAACUUUGGUCUCUCUCCAUGCCAUAUUUUGAUUUGUUAUGCUUAAUUUUGUAAUCUUAUUUCAAUUAGCUACUCUUGUCUAGUCUGCCAAGGGAGUAAAGUAAAUCAAUUU